GACUUCUCUUCAAGUCUUCUAGUCCAGUGAGUCACAAGCAGAAAAGAGUGUGGAAAUGUUCUCCUCCAGAAAUAAAAGGAAAUCUCUUUGGAUCUGCAGCUUUCCCUGGUGAGGGCUUUGUAGUCAGAGAUGUGGGUUCCAGAUAAAUCUGCGUCAACAUCUCUGUGAGGCAUUUCAAAUUGCAGUAUUUUACUGUUUCUGAACAAGAAGUUUUGAACAUUUUAGAUGUUUUGUGAUUCAGAGAUGGAUAGUGAACAUGAUCUGUUUCUGCAAGCAUUUUUGACUUACCUGCCAUCUUUACUGCAAAAAUCUUGUUUAUUUUACUCUUGUUUUGCAGUAAAACAAUAAUUAAAACAAUAUCCACUUAUUAUAAAUAAAAUUUAUUUUUAAACAUUUCCAAAUCAAUUCUCUAAAAUAAGUUAUAACUUUACACAGUUUUGCUUCUCAUGUAUAUUUUAAAGAUGGUACUGGAAAGCAACAAACGUGUUCAUUGACAUGUUUCUUUAAAAUUAAGCUUUAAAACAAACCUCUGUAUUAUUGUUUAAUUAAUAUUUAUUAGUAAUUUGAAGAUUUUUUUCAAACCUGUGUGACAUUUUUUGCUCUUAUAGGCCUCGCAUAUUACAUUAAAUGUCAUUCCACUGUAUUAAUUAUACAUAUUUUAUACCCCUGCAGCCCUGUGUUAAUCAAAGCCUGUGAGGCAGCAGUACAUCUAAAUAUCAUCUCCACACUGCUCUGAAACCUGCUGUCCUAUCAAGCUCACACAGGAGCAGGGAAGAGUUUGUCAUUGGCUAAAGCCAAAACACUUAUUAUUAAUAUUACAUUAUAUGAAAAAUAUAUAAUUGUCUAUUAUUAGACAAUUGGAAAAACAUAUUCAAGUUUCUCAAAAAAUACCAAUCUAAAGCAUAGUGUUAAAAUACAUUGUUCUAAAAUGUUUUUAGUUUCGGUUUAGUUUUCCACUGGCGCCUUUGCACCACUUUGUGGCCAGUUGAGGUAUUCCUACUUAAAAAAAAAAGCCUCUAACCUUAACAACUUGACCAUCUCUUUAUUAACUCUUCUCCUAUUUUCAAAUUUUGAAGACCUACAAAUAUUUAGCCCAGCUGCUGAAGUAUUUAAGUUUUUCCUUUGUAGUCAUGUGAGAAGAUUAAAAACAAGGUCACUGGUGGUAAUCGUACUGUAUUAGUUUCAGUUUAAAUAUGUUUCAGCCAUACUUUGUCAGAGGAAACAUGAGUCAUUGUGGUCAGCCGUGUGAUAAAUGUGACCCCCGUUUGUUGCAAGCCAUGUGGAUUUUUGAAGAUUCUGCAUGGUGGGCUUUUUGCUGUAAGUGCAGGUUUAAAGGCCUUUGAUACGUAAGCGUGGAAAUUCCCCUCUGUUGACGCGCGCUGUCUAUCGCUGGUGCCUUGUUGAGUGCAUCAGCGGAUAUAUUUUUAGUCACUCAACCCACUCUUAGGUUUGAGGGUUUUACAUUGAUGUGUCAUCACUGAAUGAUUGUAAAUCUAUAUCUUUCUGAAAUGCUAUUAUAGUUUUUUUUUUUUCUAAAUACAAUCUUCAGCCAUACUUUACAUGCUUUUCUCUAUUUAUUAAAAAUUUGUUUUUGAAAAACAACAACGGAUCCUCACUCUCCCAAAUGAACAUUGUGAUCUUUAAAGCUUUUGUUUUUGUUUUUUAGAAAAUAGCAAAAAGGAUACAAGCAGAGGAAGAGCUUUAUUUGAGACACAGGAGCACUUACCAAAAUAAAGAUGGUAGAGACUCAGCAAGAUACCUCUCCUCUUAGAAGGGACUGUCCUAUUGGAGAUUUCAUAGUAGCACAGGUUGCUCAAGAUGAGGAAAUUGCACGUUCCAUGCAGAAACAGGAGCUUAAGGCUAAACAGAGGUCUCGUGAGCUGGAACCUGUUCGAGAAUACUGGGAGAAUGAGAGAGCAACAUGUGACAGACAGAGGCACAGACUGGAUUCCGAAGGUCUUCAUUCCCCAUUUGAUGACUUCAUCCCAGACAAUCAACUCCCUAGUCAGAUUUUUGUGACAAUGCAACAGCAAGCCAUCAGAUAUAUUGCUAAAGAGCUGGACCCCACCUUUCAAAAGUAUUCAGCUGAAUCAGAACAAAUGAAUGGAGGUUUGAUUUAUUUACAUAACACAACAACUUCUAAUAUAUUUAUGCAAGGAAUAAAUAUAAAUUGUUCAUUUACAGGUUUAUGUCAAAAUCAAACAUCACAAAUAGGUUUGAACAGCCCCAUGGAAGAACCUACAUUUGUGCCCCCCACGAAACGACAGAGUGACAAACUGGGACGAGUAAAGCCCAAGGAGAAAAAGGAAAAUGCAAAACAGAAAGAGAACUGCAAGCAACAAUGAUGAUGGGCAUACAGUAUAAAAGUGUGAAAUCAACUGAAAUAAUGAAUUGAUAACCAAAUUAGUUUAAAGAAAUGCAUGCACGUCCUGGGAGUUUGGGGUUUUCCAGUCUUCUGCUUUCUCCAAGAGGGAUACUUUUUUAUUCAACAAAUCCACUUGAACUUGAAAAAAACAGGGACACUCCAUCCAGAUAAUGCUAUUACUACUAAACAUCUGUUUGUCAUGCCAUGCACUAUUAGUUUGUUUCAUUUUUAUUGACCUUCUGGUUAGAGGCUAGUGUCUCACCACAGAGGGAAAGCUCCCACUAGCGGUACUUGAUAUUACACUUUUGACUUCUGGGAAAACCUGAAGUGAUACUACGCUUUGAUGUUGGCACAUGGUUGAGUGAUCCUCAUUGGAGUUUUUCUACAUGACUCUUGAUCUCUUAAGAUAUUUAAUCAAGCAUUCUUUUUUAAUUCCUGUAUUCCCGGAACUAAACUAGUUUUAAUUUGCCCAAAGUGCUAUUUUAGUUUCUAAUGGUUGCCUUCAGUAUGUAAUAAUGUCUCUUAUUUGUAUAAAGUCCUGCUUUCACACUGUAAAAAAAAAAAAAAGUUUAGUAUUCUUAAUAUUAUUUGAAUAUUCACCGGUUUACGAGACUGACUCCUUCAGUCUCAAAGACUCCUUCUUUGCGGUGUACAUCAGCAUAGUCUGUAGAUAAAUGCCCUACAGUAGCUUUACCAAACUGGAGGAAACUUUAACUUUUAAACUUCCAUGUGUUUUCUUGUAUUUUGUACUGAUGCUGAGUGCUAAGAAUAUAUGUUAUCAUAUCUUUCUUGAUGUACAUCAAUAAGCACUUUUUACUUUUACAUUUAAUUUAGACUGUAGGCAGAGGUUAAGACUUUCCCUAAUACCAACAAAUUCAUGCAAAUCUCUGCGGGAAGCACCUUGAACAUCAAGUUCCACAGAGACCUCAUCUUCCCACAAAAUGAAACUGAAGGGAUUUUUUUUAAUUUUUAUUUACAAGAGGGAGAGCUGUCUUAUAAACUUGGUGUAGGGUUUUACAUAAAUGCAGUAGUGAUGCAUAAACUGACAUUAAACAGCUUGACUUUUUGUGGAAGUUAAAGACAAGUACCAUCGUCACAUUGCUCAACCACCAGCUGUUUUGUUUCAUCCUAACGGCCUCAGAAAA